AUGUGUGGGCGUUACGCUUUGGGUGUGCGCAUGGCGUACAUCCGGCAGCACCUUCAGGAUAGAGGAAUGCCGGUCGAUGAAGCACCAGAGGAUGAUGAAGUCAGAGAGACCUAUAACUUCGCACCUGGCAGCUUUGGUGCCGUUUAUAGAGCCGAUAUUCCUGACAAGGAGCACACACAUGGCACAGCAGAAGACAGCGAUGGACAGAAUGCAGGCCAUGAGGAGUCGCAUGAGAUGGUUGAUGACGCUAAGAAAAGACAAACUAUGUAUAAACUGCAGAGCAUGAAAUGGGGUCUCAUUCCUUUUUGGACAAAGCGACAGCCGGACUACGGCUCCAUGCUGCGCACUAUCAACUGUCGGGAUGACUCACUUAUUGAAGAUCGUGGCAUGUGGACAACCAUGAAGCGGGGGAAGAGAUGCGUUAUCGUAUGCCAGGGAUUCUAUGAGUGGCUGAAGAAAGGACCUGGUGGCAAAGACCGAAUCCCACAUUAUACUAAGCGCAAAGACGGCGGGUUGAUGUGUUUUGCAGGGCUGUGGGAUUGUGUCUCCUAUGAAGGAACCGAUGAGAAACUUUACACAUAUACCGUCAUAACAACGUCCUCAAACCCCUACCUGAAAUUCCUCCAUGAACGCAUGCCCGUUAUUUUGGAUCCUGGCUCUGACGCCAUGAAAACUUGGCUUGACCCACACCGCAAAACAUGGUCAAAAGAGCUUCAGUCGCUGCUUAAACCUUAUGAGGGAGAGCUAGAAUGCUAUCAGGUUCCAAAAGAAGUUGGGAAAGCCGGGAAUAACUCCCCUCAAUUCAUCGUCCCAGUUGACAGCACGGAAAAUAAGAGCAACAUUGCGAACUUUUUCGGCAAUGCCAAAAAGAAAGAAGGAAGUCCUAGCACAGAAAUAAAGUCUAAUCCAAAGCAAGACCCAGAUUUGACACAGAAAGACAUUAAAUUUGAGAUCGAUCAGGAAGGAACGGAACUCAAAACCGCGGGAAUCAAGAGAGAACAUACGCUUGAUCUGCCUAUCAUCAAAGAAGAAAAUAAGAAGCCGAAAGUGCAGCCAUCGUUACCCAGUCAUUCACCUCAGAAAGCGAAGAUGCGAAGUGCCACAUCCAAUUCUCCUUAUAAGAAAACCGCUAAAGCGAAACCGGCGGAUGGGUCUCAACGAAUCACGAACUUUUUUAAACAAUAG